AUGUACGCAGCAGAGCCCAAUGGAGAGCAGAAAGUUAAAACCAAAGCUCUAUUUCCAUCAUAUAGUCCCUGUCUGUGGUUUUCCAUUGAGUAUAGAUCCAUUAAAAUAUUCAAUUCUGAAUCUAAAGAUAUAGACAAUGCUUCAAGAAUUAAAACAGCUGGAAGUUCUACAAACAUGUACAAAGUGUCAACUAUAAGACAAAUAUUCAGUUUGGCAAAGCUUCGAACCAGAAGGUCAUCACGUUUCUCAACUGUUAACAUCUGUCCACAGGAGUCCUUGAGAGAGCUUUCAGCCAAUCUGCAAACUUAUUAUAGAUUGAGAGUGUGUCAGGAAGCAGUGUGGGAGGCAUACCGGCUCUUCCUGGAUCGCAUCCCUGACGCAGAGGAGUACCAGGACUGGGUGGGCAUCUGCCAUCAGGACACCUUCUGCCUGUUUGACAUUGGGAAAAACUUCAGCAACUCCAAGGAGCACCUGGAUCUUCUUCAGCAGAGAAUAAAACAGAGAAGCUUCACUGGGAGAAAAGAUGAAAUAACCGCAGAAGAGACAUUGGUAGAGCCCACUGAAGCCCCAAUGUUUUCAACAGGUGUUGCCAGUGUCUCAUUGGGGUCCCUCCGGCUCCCUCCUGAUGACACACACCUCAAUGAAAUUCUUAAUGACACCUUCAAAGACACCGAGACACCUGCAACAGAAACAGAAACAGAAUUUACUCAUGUGUCUGAGGGCCUACUGGAACAGAAGGUGGAGUUCAGCAUCUCUCUGCCAAACCAGAGGUUUAAGGCAGAGCUCACUGACUCUGGGUCCCCAUACUACCAGGACCUGGCAAGACAUUCCCAAAUGCAGAUGCAAAAGAUACUUAAGAAAGUUCCAGGAUUCAAAGAAAUCUAUGUGUUGGGAUUCAGACCAAAGAAAGGAAGAGAUGGUUCAGGCUUUGUAGAGAUGCAACUUCUGGCCAUCUUUAAAAGAGACCACACAGAAGCAAAACACCCUGCCAGUGACUUCCUGUCUUUUGAUUCCAACAAAAUUGAAAAUGAAGGAGUCCAUCAUGGAGCCAUCGAUGACAAGCAACCAGAAAUCCUCUUCACAGCGGCAGCCCUCAAAAAGCUCAUCAGCAAAGUCCUAGAGGAAGACCAGUCAUUGGAUAUAGGAACAAGUCAGUUCCAUGAUGAAAUUCUUGGUUCACGGCCAGUUUCGAAACCUGACACAUCUUCAGGGAUACCUUCACCACUUGCUGUUGGCACAAAGGAUGCUACUUUGAGUCCAGAAUUUCAUCUAGGUGAACCCAGGCUUGAAGCAGUGGAUAGAGAUGGACCUGAUCUACCUGACAGCUCUUGGUCUCCACCUGCAACAGCCUCAACCUCCCUAUUGGAACCUCCACCUUCCUUUACUGAAUCAAGCACCUUCUCCCUGGCGGGUCAAAACACCACACACAUAAUAUCCACUGAUCAGACAAUACUCAUCCAUGGGCUUGCCCUCUCCACCAGUGAUCAUCCUGCCAUCACCCAAUCUGCUCUGGAAAUUUCAUAUUCACCUGCAUCUUCAGGUGACAGUGGGUUGAGUCCAGGCAGCCAAGAUGGGACCAGAGACAGCUUUGCCCUGUCAGAAUUACCAGGACUGAGUGGCUACAUGUCGACCCCAGAUCAUUUCUUAGAGACUACCACUCCAGUCCCAGCUUUACAGUACAUCACCACUAGUUCAAUGACCAUCGCCACCAAAGGCCAAGAGCUGGUGGUGUUCUUCAGUCUGCGUGUUGCUAACAUGCCUUUCUCCUAUGACCUGUUCAACAAGAGCUCUCUGGAGUACCAAGCCCUGGAGCAACGGUUCACAGAACUGCUGGUUCCAUAUCUAAGUUCCAAUCUCACGGGAUUUAAGAAGCUGGAAAUCCUUAGCUUCGGAAAUGGGAGUGUGAUCGUGAACAGCAGGGUGCGUUUCACAAAGGUGGUGCCCUACAACCUCACGCAGGCCAUGCGCGGGGUCUUGGAGGACUUUCGGUCCACUGCAGCUCAAAACCUUGACCUGGAAAUCGACAGCUGCUCUCUCAACAUUGAACCAGCUGACCGAGCAGAUCCCUGCAAAUUCUUGGCCUGCAGUGAAUUUGCCCAGUGUGUAAAGAAUGAGCAGACAGAGGAACCCGAGUGCCGCUGCAGACACAUGGAGAGCCCGGGAGCUGUGGGCCCUGGCCUUUGUGCUCCUGGACAGGCAUGUGAGGCCAGCCAUGGAAAGAUAGCCCCAUGCAGGUAG